CGGAGGACUUGGAUGUCGUGCAGGAGUGCUAUGACUUCUUCCUUGCUUAGACGGGGGUUGACCGGACAGGCGCUUGCUAUUUGCGGUUGGAGGAGCAGAUGAGGUCGUUUCACUCGGGUAUGGGUCUUUUCACGACCGACCUUGCCACUAGGGACACGGAAGCGUGGGCAUGCAGGGGGGACGAGGAGACACCUAGGUGUGCUGCUUGGUGGCAGAAGCACGGAGGCGCUUACCCCGGCCUUAAUGAGAUUGCGGUGCGUGUGUUGCACAUGUGGACGUCUGCCUCUCUUGCAAAGAGGAACAGGGCAAAACAUGAGCGUGUGUACACGACUGGGCGUAACACACUGGAGUUCGCAAAGCUCGCUGAGCUGGUUGAGAUUGCCACCAAUUUCAAACCGUUGGAGUGUUAUGAGCAGUCUACCGGUUACGCUCUACCGUGGGGGGACUUGGAUGCUCAAGAGGCGGUAGAGUCGGGGGCGGCGGAUGGUGGUUCGACGCAGUCCAUUGACAAGGAGCCUGAGACCAAGCAUUCGGGUGGGGGGCAUGUCCCACCAGAUUCACCGACGUUGUCGCCUCCUCCCGCCGAGCGCCCUACUGUGCCACACCAUGCCACUUUGUCGCCGUCCUCAACUGUGAUGGGGGAUGUGGGGCUUCCACCUCCACUUGCAUUCCCUCCCCUCCCAAGCGGGACACCUGUAUCACACGCUCCUCUUACCUUGGGCACAGGAGGAGGACCGGGCACGAUCCACUUUGGGUUGGAUGUUGUGCAUGACGUUGAAGUCGUACUUAUGGCACCCGGAGGUGCAGAGAUGGAGCAGGGAUUCAGUAUCGAGCAAGAUGAUGCUAACGACCAUAAUGCGGGUCCAGAGGCAAGUGAGGGAGACGAUGUCGGUGUAGUUGGCGGUGGACUGUCGAGCACUGCGCAGGAGGAGUUGGGCGGCACGCAUGAUUGCACAACUCCAUAUGUUCCCGAUGGGAUAGCCAUCACCCCAUCUGCGCUUAUUAUUGUUGAGAGGGUCGAUGCACACACAGUGUUGCCCUUGGAGGAUCAGGCUCCAGUACCGGACACGAGACGAGGCGAUGAGGACGAGGCGGGAGGGCAGCUAACGCAGGGCGAGCCGCACACGGAUCUUCACACGGUAGCCAACUCACAGGGGGUGGAGGGAGAGGGCGGAAUCCGCACUUCAUCUUCAUCUGAAGGGGGUCUUUUGGUAGGGAUAACUAUCGCAUCGCGAGGAGCUUCGACUGCCGAAGCCGAAGGGUUGUCAACCACGUUCGAUACGUGCUCGGGGGAAGGGGAUGAAGUGCAUGAAGGGGACGAAGGGGACGGAGGGGAUGAAGGAGUUGGAGGAAAUCAAAAGGGGAUCGAUGACGUCGACGGAGGGGACAAAGGAGAUGUGGAGGAUGAAAAGGAUGAAGUGGAAGAAAUAACAGGAGGGGGUGAAGGGGAGCAGGAGGAAGAAAGUAUGGAGGGCUCUGAUGUGGGUGAGUUCGAAGAGGAUGGUGGCUCUGCACGCUGCAAUGCAAGUGCUGCGGUCUCCUUCAACCUCAGUUGUAAGUGGAUGGACAAGGGUGACAUCACAAGCAACAAGUCACCAGACGCCGGACGGCAAGCAACAGCAAAGCACAUAGGCUGGAGGGCAUGGUGGGGGGCAUGUGGGCAUGACGAGCUCCCUUUGCUGCUGCUCGUCACUGUGCUGCUGCUUGCCGUUGUCGUCUUUCCUAUCUGCUUCCUCGGUCGCGUCCCUGGGAGGAAACAGACGCGGCGAACGCCGAAGAGGGGUGGGAAGAUGGAGAAGGUACAAACGAAGACCACGCUGCCCGUACGGGCUGGGGGGUCGUCACAUCAGCGUUGCACCAGUACGGAAGGCGGCAGGCGGCUGUACGACCCAACGCUGUACAGCCACCUGCCGUCCCACGAGAUUCCGUUGCCUCCGAGUGACGACGAGGGGGACGACCCCCGAUCCUCAACGGUUCCUCUGGGCAGCGUUUCGACUCAGGAUUGGAUGGGGAGCCAGCUGUGCAGACAGGCAUUGACGCCGACGUACACUGAUCUGCUGGAGGGGCGGACCCCGACUGGUUAUGACGCAGGACUCGUAGAUCUCAACUUCGGCUUGAGGUCUGGUAGUGCCGAGGACGUGACGCACACCGUUCUCGUGAACCCAGCUUCUGGCACCAGCCACACAACGCCUUCGGUGAGGGCAUCGGGCCGUCCGGAUAACCACGCCUGGUGUUCUGGUCAGUCGGGCAACGAACGUGGACUCUUUCCGCCAAGGCGGGGGGCAGUGGGCGCAGCAGGUGUGGCCGCGUCGAGGACGAGGACAAGUGGAUCGGCUCCUUGUGGAUCGACUACGCCAGGCGGCACAAUCGACGGUCGACAGGACGACGACGAGUGCUCCACUGCGGAGGUCGUGGGACGAAAGCAAUUCAAAAUCGUGCACAAGUUCAUGGGAGAAUCGGGGAAGCCUAAUUUCUUCACACUAACGUUGGGGGAGAGGAAGGAGCGGGGGUUCGACUUUCGGAUGGAUGAGCGUGUGUAUUCGGAGAUGACGGCCAUGUCCAGGGGCGAUCACACUAUACACCCCACGAAUCUCGCGGACAUGGGUGCGGCUGGAGGUGUUCAAAUGGCCGGCCGACGUGGAGGUCGGAAUGAAUCCGGCGGUAGUGAGGGAUGCGGGGAUGGACUGGACGACGAUCAGGGAUCGACGAGGGAUUCAACGUUCAGCGGCGGUGGCGGCAAACGGAAGAAUGUAAGACAGCAGACCUUCGACACGAUUGCGGACGUCAUGAAGGAGCACGGGAAUCUCAUGGCGACGACGGUGGACAGCGCGAGCAAGAGGCAGUGCUCAAUUUUGAUGAGGCAAUGCGACAUUCUCGAGCGAGGGCUGAAAGUGCAGAAGGAGCACUACGUGAAGGCCGACCAGGCGAACUUCAUGAUGGGCGAUGCAAUUGGGUUUGGGCGGGAUGGGGUUUCGAGGGAAGAGUUGUCCACUAUCAAACAGAGCAUCGUCGUUGGUGUUGUCGGGACGUUGCCAAGGAUCCUGAAGGCGGCAGGGGUUGUCAUCACUGAGGCGCGCGUGCCAAGGCAACUUCCGGCAGUGGUAGGCCAGGUUCAGCCACGUCAGCCACUCCCCCUGCAACAGGCGGGGGCUUCAGGGGGAGGGAAAACACCGUCCGCGCAAAAGGGCGAGGCGACGGCGAGCAGCAGUCAAGCGGCAGUGGCGGAUCAAAGUACUAAAAGCGGACUCACCGAAGGUGCGGAAGAGGGGAGGGUCGACGACGUCCGCCGCGACGAUGGGAGAAGAGAUGGAAAGCGGGAGGGCGAUGACGACGACGACCGUCCACUUGUUACGAGGUUGAAGGGAGCGGCAAAGGAGAAUGAUCUCGAAGAGAGGUCGAAGUUGUGGGUUGAUUGCGACACUUUCUAGGGUCAAGGCCCGGGAAAACCCUUGAGGGAGGCGGUAGGCGACUGCGCGGAUUACUUCGUCGCCAUCGCCAACGG